UUGAUGUGUCUCGCUAAGUAUAUCAAUUUCUUUUACAAUUACAAGCAGAUGAAGCGUCUGCUGGACAUAAUGCAAGAAGACUGGAAAAUUUAUAGAAAACUGAAGAACGAAUACGACCUGCUUUGCGAACAAUAUGCGAUAGGAAAGAAACUUACUACCGGCUUCGUAGCCUUUUUAUUCGGAUUAAUAACACCGUUCGCCUCGAUGCCAUUGCUGCUGAAUGCAGCUGACGCUUUAGGAUUCUGCAACAUCUCCGAUGAUCGACCACUAGCAUUUCGAGUGGAACAUUUCGUGGACGUGGACAAAUAUUACUAUCCUUUGUUGAUACACUCCUAUUUUGGUACACUUGCAUACACUGCGAUCGUCGUGGCUAUCAAUUCGAUAAUAGCUGUGUACGUUCUGCACGAGAGUGGACUUUGCGAGAUUUUGAGGUAA